AUGAGCGAAGUCGACGAGGCCAUGACCGGUGUAGACGGCGGUGAAUCGCGUCUGCCCCUCUCCGAGGAUGAGACGAGAGUGCUGGAGCUGUACGACAAGCUGCAGGAGUUGCGGCUUGAAAUCGCCAUCAUCAACGCGCAGCAGGCCGACGAGGAGGAGGACAUUACGGCGGCGCAGAGCGCACUUCUCACAGCGAGAGCAAGAUACAGACUACGAAACGACGCCAUUGAAGCGGUAAUGGUGGCGAACCCAAUCCUCAAGGCAGUCCACAGCGGCACACAGGCAUCUCCGAUAGAGCGAGAUCUCUUCCCAUACGUGCAGGAAAGGGACGAGACGUCCAUUUCCGUGGCCAAGCAGGCAGAGAGCACGACAAAGCUGCGCCGUGACCUGACCAAAGUCCAGGUGCAGAGUAUACGCAUAUGCCGCGAGAACGUGAAGCUUACGGAACAGUUGUUUGAGCUGGCCGAGCAGGCCAAGCAGAAGGCCAUCCGUCUGAAUAAUCCCGAAGUUCAGCGAGAAAUGGACAAGCUGACGAGAGAAGUCAAGUACAGCAGGCAGCGAUGGAAGGUUAUGAAGGGCGUGGCGAGUGGAAUCAUUGCUGGUAGUGGCGUUGAUUGGGCAGGAGACGAAGAUCUGCGCAACAUCGUUCUAGAUCCUGAAGAUGAAGACUAA